UCAAUUAUUUAAGGCGAGAGGAAAGUGAUAAUUGAGGUCAACAAUUUCUCAAGUUUCAGAGCUUUCUUUUGUGAGCUGCAGAAGGGUUUUGAUUUGAUACAUGAAGAGGAAGAGAGCAGCGGAAAUGGAGUCAGAAAUGAGGUCUGCAACGGCGCAGCUUUCGGUGGAUCGUGCUGCUCCCGACAUACCCACCAAGCCCUUUCUUUCUCUUUGCUAUGUGAUCCUUCGAUUUCUGGAUAAGGUAGGGCCGACAAUGGCGGUUCUCCGACAGGACAUUCAUCAGAACAUUCAGAGGUUGGAGAGUGUGUAUGAGUCUGAUCCUUUGGUGUAUUCGAAUAUGGUGGAAGUUUUGAAGAAAGAGAUGAAUGAUGGAAUUGCUAGGAAGCUCACCAGUUGUAGCAGAGCCUUUCUGUGGCUUACAAGGUCCCUGGAUUUUACAGUGGCGUUAUUAGAGAAGUCAAGAGAAGAACCUAGGCUGAGCAUGGAGCAAGCAGUAGAGGAUGCUUACAACCUUACUCUAAAGCCAUGGCAUGGAUGGAUUUCAUCUGCUGCUGUCAAAAUAGCUCUGAAACUUGUGCCCGACAGUGAAAAGUUCGAUCGUCUCCUAACGGCCAACGACGAACGAAACGACACCCUUGUGGAGGAAAUAGACUCCUUCAUUUCCCAGCUCUCACCUUUUCUAGAACACAUCCAUUCUAUUCUGGUAAACCCAAGUAUUACUUUCAGCACUAUAAUCAAUUUCAUGACAGUUUACCUACUGAGAGUGUUCUUAUGUGUCUUUUCCCAGAGACUGUACAUGUUAGAUCGAUUAAAGUCUGCCUAGAGAAGAAGUAAUGGACAAUGGAAUGAAGAGUGGAUCCUCAAGUUUUGACAUUUUCUGGUAUACAAUACAUGUAAAUUAUCUCAGAAAAGUUUCCCUCUUUUUCAGAUCCCACGUCAGUUGGGCGAAGCAUUCUUUAAAAGAGUGUGAAAUCUCUCCCUCUCCCUAGCAGACACGUUUUAAAACUGUAAGGCUGACGGCGAUACGUAACUGACCAAAACAGACAAUCUACUAGCGGUGACCUUAGACUGUUACAUAUUGUAUUCAUACACUUCUCUUACAGAUGUAAUGGUUAGGCUUGUAAUGUAAGUAAUAGAGUUUCUAGGUCUUACGUCGAGUCUCUAAUCUUCGACCGUGCUGUUUAGUCAAUGGCAACAAAACAAUUACCUCAUAAAGAUAUGCUACCGUUCUGCUACCAAA